CAAUGGCCGCCUGGCAAGCUAGCAUUUUACCUCUUGUGAGCUUUUCAAAUGUUUAACAAUAAACUUUCCCUGACUCUGUUUAAGAAACUCUUACUGGGAUGGAUAGAUGAUUUCAUAAGUGUAUUCUGAAAGAAAGAAAACUGCUGACAUCACGCGCUCUUCGCUGCCAAAAUGAGCGAUGUUGUGGAGAAGACCCUGACAGCUCUGCCGAGCCUCCUGUCUUUAGACUCUCAGCCUGGAUCCACAAAACUGUCCUCCACCUCAAAACUAGGAACCCUCAUCAGAGGGAUCACUGAGUUAACGUCCAAACAUGAGGAGGAAAAACUUAUUCAACGAGAACUAGUAUCCAUCAAAGAACAGGUUUCCUCCCCUAACACCUCCAUGAGGCAGAUGAAGGAGCUCAUGGUGAGAGCGAUCUACUGUGAAAUGCUCGGUUAUGAGGCUUCAUUCAGCUACAUUCAUGCCAUCAAACUGGCUCAACAAGGCACUGCUCUGGAGAAAAGAGUCGGUUAUCUUGCCGUGUCUUUGUUUCUGAACGAAAGUCACGAGCUGCUUCUUCUCCUUGUGAACACUGUAUUAAAGGAUCUUCAGAGCACAAACCUUAUUGAAGUGUGCAUGGCUCUAACUGUUGUCAGCCAGAUGUUCCCCAAAGAUAUGAUUCCUGCAAUCCUUCCUCUGGUCGAGGAGAAACUUAAUCACCCAAAAGAAAUCAUUCGACGAAAAGCAGUCCUGGCACUGUAUAAAUUCUACCUAAUAGCACCGAAUCAAGUUCAACACAUCCACAACAAGUUUCGCAAAGCUCUGUGUGACAAGGAUCCUGGCGUCAUGACGGCUUCACUACACAUCUACUUACAGAUGAUCGAGGAGAAUCCAGAAGGUUAUAAGGACCUGGCGGCAAGUUUUGUCACCAUACUGAAGCAGGUGGUGGGAGGGAAACUGCCCAUGGAUUUUAACUAUCACAGUGUCCCUGCUCCAUGGCUGCAGAUUCAGCUGCUCAGAAUACUGUCCUUACUUGGGAAAAAUGACCCGAGUACGAGUGAGAUCAUGUAUGAAGUCCUCGACGAGUCUUUACGGAGAGCAGAGAUUAAUCAUAACAUCACCUAUGCAAUAUUAUACGAGUGUGUAAAAUGCAUUUACACGAUUGAUCCCAAAUCUGAUCUUUUGGAAAAAGCUGCAAAGUGCAUUGGCAACUUUGUUCUGUCACCGAAGAUUAAUCUGAAAUAUCUCGGCUUGAAGGCUCUCACCUACGUGGUCCAGCAGGAUCCUAAACUGGCCCUGCAGCAUCAGAUGACCAUCAUCGAGUGUCUCGAUCACCCCGACCUCAUCAUCAAGCGUGAGACACUGGAGAUCCUCUUUCGGAUCACCAACGCCCAGAAUGUCACAGUCAUCGUUGAUAAGAUGCUGGAGUUUCUGCGCAUCAAUAAAGAUGACUACACAACCAUUGACCUGGUGGGGAAGGUGGCAGAACUGGCAGAAAAAUAUGCGCCAGACAAUGAGUGGUUCAUUGAGACCAUGAGCACAGUGUUCUCAGUGGGUGGAGACCUGAUGCAGCCGGACAUCCCAAACAGUUUCCUUAAACUGCUGUCUGAGGGGUUUGACAGCGUGGAGGAAGACAGGAAGUUGAGGCUGUUUGCUGUGGAUUCAUAUGUUUCCCUGCUGCAAGGAGAGCCGGGCAAACUGCCACAGCGCUUCCUCCAAGUCAUCAGCUGGGUCCUCGGUGAAUAUUCCUUUUUGAGGGAGGAACUGGAAGCGGCCACGGUCCUGAGGCUGCUGGCCAAACUGUUGGACAUGAAGAACACCAGCAGUGAAACCAAGAGCUGGGUCCUCAUGGCAAUGACCAAGCUGUGUGAGCGCGGGGCAGGUGUGUCUGUGGCCCAGGAGGUUUCUGAAACAUACAGCAGCUCCCUGGAUACAGUGCUGAGACAGCGGGCUCAGGAGCUGCAGCACCUCAGCCGACACUCUGAACUACGUGCCCGGGUGCUCCCUCGAGACGCCGGCCUGGAACCCCUGGAGGUGGAUUCCUCUCUGUCAUUUCUGGAUGGAUUUGUCUCGGAGGCAUUGGCUGCUGGCGCUGCUCCAUACAAGCCUCCCCAUCAACGACAGGAGGAACUAGCUCAGGCCAAAGCGUUGAGCCUGGAGCCAUACGGCCUGUCCCUGCCCAUCAGCAUGUCCUCCUGCAGCAUCGCCGACAGACAGUCUCCUACACUGUUGUCCAUAAGCUCUGGUCUGUCAGGCGAAAGCCCCGACCUCUCACACAAAGGAGGCUCUUCAACUCUGAAGCUGGAUGGUGUGAAGAGGCUGUGGGGGAGGGAGGGCUACCUGGCGCAGAGGGAACCUGUGGAGGAGUCUGCCCGCGUUGAGGUUCCCAGUCCCCUCCGGUCGCCCAGCCAGCAGGGAGAGGCUGACAGUUCACACAGCCAGACUCCGAUACCGACCCCUGAGCCCGAACAAGAGAAACAGCAGCUGGCCUCUUCGCUGUUUGUCGGCCUGAGCUCCCAAAGCUCCGUGUGUCUGAUGGGAAAAUCUGAGCCAACACCUCAGCGAUUCAGAAGAAAGGCAAAAAGUCCGGGCUCGUCCUCGAGUGCCAGCGAGAAAACAUCCAACUCCCUCGUCUCUACUCCGAGCACGGUGGAUAACUUGAUGUGUAACAACCUCCUGGACUCCAACAUCACCUCCGAGCUGGUCGUUUCUUCACUCGAACAGACGUCUCAACUCUCUCAGGGCCUCGCUGCUGCAAACGGCACCUGUGAUGCAGAGUUAACAGACAGUGACGUAAAGGGAAGCAGCCCCUCUCUGUGUGGGGAUAACGCUGUGGCAGCUGCUGAUCCGGCUCCUCAUGAAGACCCAUGUAAAGACUUGUUACUCACUUCUCAUCUUCCUGCAGAGCUCUCUGGACUCAGUCACUCAGAAAUCACUCCUCUGUGCUCCAACCAAAGCCUGGAUCUCUCCGCCUCUCAUGUGCAGAAAGAGGAUUCUUUAGUGCUGGUUGUUUUCAUUUACAACUCCUCUGACUCUGACAUUCAACAGAUUCUACUCGAGCUUGACUCAGAGGAAAUUGAGGUAUCCUGUGUGUGUGACAGUGCAGUGCAGGAGGCGAGCAGCCACAGUGUAGCAGUGUGUCAGUAUUCCCUGACUGUGAAGACGCCUUCAGUCCAUGUUGAAGUGGUCGGGACGGUGUCUUACCAGUUCCCUGCUGGGACGCCUCAGUCGUUGCAGUUCUCAUACAAACUGCCUCUAACCUGCUUCAUCAGACCUUUGACUGUGUCCACAGAGGAGUACGGCACCAUGUGGCUGGACUUCUCUCAUGAUACAAAGCAGAACCUGACACUGAUAAGUGACGGCCAGGAACCUCUCGCAGCCACUCUGAAUGUGCUGAAGAAGAAACUUCAGCUUCAUGUCGUGGAAAUCAUAGGCAUGGAAGGUAUUGUAGCUUGCCGGCUGCUCCAGGAUCAGCCGUGUCUGAUGCACUGUCGUCUGAAUGCUGGAACGCUGGCCGUGUGGCUGCGCUCUCCAGUCCCCGCCCUGCCCGACUGCCUGAUGUACCACUGUCAGAGAGCUUUACAGGAGCACUGAGCCUCCAGCACUGAAGAGGAAGGUACACAGAGCAGACGUUGUGCAUUCUUAUCUUUAUUUUAUAGUGUUCACCAUCUGUUUAGCUCUUCCACUAUUACUUACAAAGAUUAGUUUUCUUUGUUCCCAAAUCAUUUAUUUUGAACAACUAAGUUGGUGGAAUAAUUCACAGGAUUCCCACUGCUGAUGGCAUGGCUGGUAAUAAUAACCUCAGGGCCAAAAUGUUUUAACCUUCUGCGGCAGAAUAUCUGUCUCCAUGAUGAUUUGACAACAUCAAUGGUUGCAUGAUAUUCUCAGUAUGAAGGCAAACGAAUCAUGAAUUUCUACAGUUAUGUUUUGUGCCUGCAUGCUGAAGAGAGAUUAUGUCCUGCUUUUUUUUUAAUCAGCUACAUUUUCUAGUGAAGCACAUUUGUAUUUGAAUUAGACAAAGACACAAAGGCUACUGAUUUAAGCAAUAUUGACUAAAAUGUAAAGAAUAACACAAAUUCUUGCUUUGGAUUUGGUGGAUGUUAUUUAUUAGGUGUCUUUAAGAGAA